AUGUUGUGCUACAAGAGUAGGUCGACUAGACCAUCAAAUUCAUCAUCAACAUCAUCACAAGCAACAACGUCAACAGCCACAAAGUCACCACCACAACCAAAGGCACCAGAGACAAAGGUGGAGAAUCAUCCACAAGUCCUGGUAGAGACAGCUAACCCUCGACCACCAGUACUGCUGACAACAGCCAUUAUGGAUUCACUUGAUCGCUGGAGUAGGGUUGUCACUGCUCGAGCAUUGCUGGAUCAAGGAUCCGAGAUUUCACUGGUGUCGGAGGCUCUGGCAAAUAGACUAGGACUUAGUCGAACGUCAUCACGUCUUGCGGUGGUGGGCAUUGGCCAACAUACAAUGCAGGCAAUGAAGGCAUUGGUAAUGCCAAAACUAAUAGGGUUAUUACCAUCAGUUGCGAUUCCCAAGCAAUUGCGAGACAGCUGGGCCCACAUAAAACAUCUUCAGCUUGCUGAUCCUGAGUUUUAUGUACCAGCUCCAAUUGAUGCUAUCUUUGGUGCUGAUGUGUACAGCACAGUACUAAAAGAUGGUGUCAAAAAAGGACCAGAGGGUCAACCAACCGCUCAGAGUACAGAGCUCGGUUGGGUUUUAUCUGGUAAUACCCUGAAUUUGGGAAAUAAUACCUCUCUCUGUACAGCAUCAAAAAAUUAUCAUCAAGGAGUUUCCUGUCAGAGAGAGGAAGAGUUGUACAACCUUGUCAAAAGAUUUUGGCUGCAAGAAGAGCAGUUUGACACUACAGAGUCAUCAGGAUUUUCUGAUGACAUCUGUAUGAGUUAUUUCAUAUCAAAUUACGAGAGAGAUACUCAUGGUCGUUUUGUGGUAAGGUAUCAAUUUAAAAAACCUGUAGACACUUUUGGUAACUCGUUUGAGUUGGCAUUGAGAAUGCUUCAUAACCAAGAGAAGAGAAUGGUCAAAAAUCCAACUCUUCAACAGGCAUAUUGUGAAUUCAUGACUGAGUAUGAAUCACAGGGUCACAUGGUAAAAGCAUCACCUGUUGAAGACCAUUCUAAGUGUUAUUAUUUACCACAUCACAGUGUCAUAAAAGAGUCGAGUACAUCAACAAAAUUGAGAGUUGUAUUCAAUGGUUCACAAAAAACAAAUACAGGGGAAUCAUUGAAUGACAACUUAUACGAGGAUCCAAAGCAGAUCUCAAUACAUCCUGAGGAUCGAAAAUAUCAGAGAAUACUUUGGAGAGAUACACUCGACUCACCAGUUCAAGAGUAUGAGCUUACCACGGUAACCUAUGGUACCAAACCAGCCCCAUUCCUGGCGUUGGCUACACUGAGACAACUUGAACUGGAAAAGGGAGAUAAAUUUCCACUUGUAAAGUCAGCAAUAUCACAAGGAUCAUAUAUGGAUGAUAUAUAUGUUGGUGCUGACAAUUUACAACAAGGAAUUGACAAGGCUGUACAAAUUCAAAAGAUGCUUCACUCUGAUGGUUUUAAAUUGCGAAAAUGGAUAAGCAAUUCAAAGGAGUUACUAUGUAAUAUCCCAAAGAAUUUCCACGAGAAAUCAACCAACCAUUUGAGUGAAGAUCAUGAGAUUUUCAGGACACUUGGGCUUAACUGGGAUACGACGUCUGACUGUUUCAGUUACAUUCCUAUAACAUUCAAGGAGCCUAAGACAGUUACCAGAAGAGUCGUGUUAGCUCAAGUGGCUCAAAUUUUUGACCCACUUGGCUGGAUUUCCCCAGUAGUUGUAAAGGGUAAAUUAUACAUGCAGUCAUUGUGGAAAAUCAAACUUGAUUGGGAUGAGCAAAUUCCUGAGAAUUUAUUGGGUCCAUGGAGAGAUUUUAUCUCACAACUGAGUCAUUUGUCAGAGAUAAAAAUACCGCGGUGGUUGAAUAUCACACCAACAGUCACUUCAAUGGAGAUUCAUGGAUUUGGCGAUGCAUCAAUUGGUGCUGUGGUUUACUUGGUGACUAUUGAUUCUCUUGGUGUUGCUAAGAGUACUAUAAUAGCAUCCAAAUCGAAACUUGCACCUAUCAAAUCAGACUCCAACAGCUCCAAUAAGAAGAAAUGUAAAGUUUCAACACCAAGAUUGGAGUUGUCAGCAGCAGUACUGUUGGUUAAAUUAGUGAGAGAUAUUCAACAGAGUUUGGAUUGUCAGUCAGCAAACAUACACUUGUGGACUGACUCAUCCAUUACAUAUUAUUGGAUAACUGGUGACGUUAAUCGUUGGAAAACAUUUGUCCAUAAUAGAGUGGUAUUUAUACAAAAUACAUUGACACAGGCAACCUGGCAUCACGUACCAGGUGAAGAUAAUCCAGCUGAUGUAGUAUCACGUGGUACAUCGUCAUCACAAUUAUAUACAGAUCUUUUGUGGUGGCAGGGUCCAGCUUGGAUUAUUAAAAAUCAAAAUAAGUAUCCUGUGUUAAACAUUCAAGAGAUUGACAUGACUCAAGUUGAAGAGAAACCUUUGGUUUGCAAUGUAAUGUCAACCAUAAGUGAGAGUUAUUUAGAUAAUUUCUCGUCACUGAGAAAAGCUGUAACUGCGGCAGCAUGGUUGAGAAGAUUUUGCCAGAGUUUUUCAGCAAGAUAUUUUGUGGAUAGGUCAAGCUGGAUUACGUCUGAAAAACGUAAAAUUACAUUGCUGGGUUUGGUAAUUAAUGAUCAACGAUUAUACUUUCAUGAAGUGAUUAAGCAAUUAUCAAAGGGUGAAGCACUUUCAAGGUCAAGUCCUUUGAUAAAAUUAACACCAUUCCUUUACAAGGAUGGUGCAUUGAGAGUUGGUGGAAGACUGAGUAGAUCCCUCAUGACAAGUGAUCAUAAAAAUCCGUUGAUAUUACCGAGAGAGUCAAAACUAACUGAACUGAUACUCAACGAGUGCCAUGUAAAUACAUUACAUGGUGGUGCACAAUUGAUGUUGGCCACAUUGAGACAACAAUACUGGAUUGUUGGUGGUUGA